AGAUUUGGCGCGAGCGCGGCGCAGUUCGCCGCCGACGUCGUUCGCGGGCAUUUCGCGCUCCACUUUCUCUCUCGUGAAAAUAAACAAACAUCGGUUAAAAUAUUUAACGGACUAACGUUUCGUUAGAAACAAAUUAUUCCCAAAGCGAGACGGUCAACGUUAGCGAGACGCUUUGUCGAUUGACAAAGUUGUAUUUAGUUUUUUUUUAUUUGGCUGUUUUUUAGAACGAUUUCUAUUCGAAUUUAAGUUUGGUGAUUUUUAUUUGUUUUGUCGGCGCGGCGACCCGUUCCGUCUCCUCCUGCUGCUGCUGCUGCCCCAACCCCCGUCAUGUCGAGGCGCUCGCGGAACAGGUGUGUGAGUGCUGGGACUGCGUGGAAGCUGAGUGGUGUCGGAGCUGACAGUAGUGUAGAGGACUUGGAACGCCAAGGUCGCCGUCCGCUCACGUGCAGCAGUGACGAGGACGACGAUGAGGUGGAGGUGAGAGACCACGACUACGAGACGAGCCUCCAGAAGGAAAGCGGCAAGCGGCCCGGCUCCAAGGCGCGCUGGUCCCGCGAGGAGGACGACCUUUUGAAACGAUUGGUGGAGAAACAUGGGAAUGGCGACUGGAAGUUCAUCGCCAACUUUUUUACAAAUCGUUCCGACGUGCAGUGCCUACACCGUUGGCAGAAAGUGCUCAAUCCUGAGCUUAUUAAGGGGCCGUGGACAAAGGAAGAGGAUCAUAAGGUGAUUGAGCUCGUGCAGAAGUACGGUCCCAAGCGCUGGUCGCUCAUCGCCAAGCACCUCAAGGGCCGCGUGGGCAAGCAGUGCCGCGAGCGCUGGCACAACCACCUCAACCCUGAGGUGAAGAAGUCGUCGUGGACCGAGGAGGAGGACCGUGUCAUCUUCGAGGCGCACAAGCGCCUCGGAAACCGCUGGGCCGAGAUCGCCAAGCUGCUGCCUGGCAGGACCGACAAUGCCAUCAAGAAUCACUGGAAUUCGACGAUGCGACGGAAAGUGGAGCAGGAGGGCUACCUGCAGAACUCGCCUGACCCGGGCUUCCAGCUGCCAGCGGCGCUGUACCAAACAACCUGUUCGGGGCCCAUGCCCCCUUACCGUGACACCGUGCCCCAUCGCUCCAACUGUCCUAACUCGGCCACCUUCCAGUACUACCCAUAUCCAGAGACCGAGGAGAUGGCCGCUCAGCGUCACAAUUACCAGGUGUCUGUGCGUUUCAACAUGACCGGCCAAGGAAUGAACUUUCAGAAUUGCUAUGGGGAGGAAGAGGACCCAGACAGAGAGCAGCGCAUAAAGGAGCUCACCAUGCUACUGAUGUCCACCGAAAACGAAGUUCGCGGAAAACAGAACUUCACGAUGGAGUAUGGUGGGGGCUGGGGCUCUGCCCUCCUGUCUGACCACGUCAUCUUGUCAGACGGCAGCCUGGCAGGCCCGCUGGGUGGCCCCGAGGAGCCGUUAGCGGCCUUCGCGCAUUCCCAGGGGCCCGCUUGCUCUCUCGCUACCAACACGAGCCCUCCCCAGCCUGAAGGCGCACUCACACCCCCAAGCUACCUCUGCCUGGAUGGACAAAACAACUUUGGCAGCUCGGAGACGGGUUAUAAUGUGCACGUGCCGCCAGCCUAUCACGGCAUGGACACAGAGCCGUCCUGCCUCGGCGACCUCCACACGCUGGAGUUCCUGGAGGGGCUGGACCGUGGCCACGCUGACGGCGACGCCGCCGCCGCCGCCAGGUUGAUGGUGGUCAAGGUGGAGGCCUGCGACUCGGCGUGCAGCUUCGCCGGAGAUGAGGGACCCGGUGGCGCGGACGGCGUCAAAACGGACGGCACGCCCGCCGUGGCGCCACCAGGCCUCCUGCGACGCGCCCGCAAGCGCCUGAAGAACGGUCUCCUCGAAGACUUGUGCUCCUCCGAGUUCACGCCAAAGGGGACGCCGACAAAGUCCAUGCCCUUUUCUCCGUCACAGUUUCUGAACACGUUGAUGCCGCUGGAUUUGCCCUUGUUGACGGACUCCCCGACGCUGACCUCAACGCCCGUGUGCGAACUCAAGGCGGCGGCGACCACCCCGACGACGGCGCGGGACCACGCGUCGCGCGUGCAGAAGGAGAACAACGGAUUCCGGACACCGAGGAAGUGGGUGGUGGAGGCGAUUCCCAGAACCCCGACACCGUUUAAGAAUGCACUCGCAGCUCAGGAGCGGAAGUACGGGCCUCUCAAAAUACUGCCACAGACCACGAGUCAGCUGUCCGAAGACUUGACCGAUGUGGUCAAAAUAGAACUUGAGCACGGGUCGGACUCGGAGGGACACUUUCUGCCCGUCCACAUCAAGCGCGAGGCGGAUUCUCCAUCCCAGUCGGCACGCCGCUCCCUCUCUCUGGACGUGUGGGAGCGGUGCAGCCCAGAGCCGUCGCAGACCCUCUCCCUGCUGCCCGACGCCGAAGGAGGGGCGCUGUCAGGCGUGCUGACAAAGGGGCUGUUGGUCUCGGGGGUGGAGGCAGAGAGAAGGGAAGACCGAAGCGCGGGCUCAGUGCAGAGGUGGCGGCAAAUUCCAGUGGUGCUACGAACGCGAACGGAGGGACACACACCCUCGCCGGUUUCCGCGGCGUCUUGGGAGAUGACGCCGUUGGGCAAGACGGCGGAGGAGCAUGCGGCAGUGACGGAGCAAGCCCGCAAGUACAUGAGCAGCCUGGUUCCUCGCAGCCUUUACCUGUAGCCUCGUGAGCACUCCCCCCAUCCCACCACCGAAGCCACUCGCACAGACGCCGCUUGGCCUGCCAGUUAGACCCGCGGAGCCUCGGUCGCUUGCAAGCCCGAAGGGCGCGACUCGAUUGUCCCGUUCGAUUUCCAAGCAAAUCGUUCGCUUGUUUUCCCUUUUCUUCACCCCAUGGUGAAAUUGAUUUAAAAAAGGCCGCCCUCUGCUGACGACCCGAACAUGGGUCGCUGUGUGAUUGGUGGUCAUUGGGCGCUUAUGCGAGUGAUGUAAGGUUCUAGCUUGAAAGCAAGUUUUAUACAUUGUUGGAUGCAAGAGUCGGUGGAUGUGGUUUUUGUAAGCUCUUUUUUUUGUUUAUGCACUUGUCGGUACGGUCAGGAAAGCCAAGAAAUACUUUUUUACCAGGCUGGCUUAAAAAAAAAUAUAGACUGCUUGGGGGCAUUUUGACACAUUCUGGGUUAAUGAGGCAAGCAUAACUUUAUGCAGAAGUAAGCAUAUUUAAUAUACAGUAUCUAUUAAUAUAUUACACUUAGUUAAAUGUACUUUUUACUACUUUUUUGACAAUUUAAGGGAGCGUUCAUUGAACUGAAGUCUAGGAAAUUUUAGGGUACAGAUUUAACUCUAAAUAUACUCAACCAUAACACUCACAAAAUCGCCGAGGUUUGUUACAUAUCAAUAUUUUUUACAAAGACCGCCUUAAAAUCUAGUGGCAUUUACUUUAGAAAAUUGUGUUAUUUAUUGUCAACAUGCAGAAGGCAUAUUUGUUUGGGCGAAUUUAGCCCACCCCUGUAUUUCCAAGUUGCGCUGCUGGUGAAAGUUGAUCGCCAGUGGCUUCCCAAGACAUUAAACAUUAAUUUUUGAAGUAAUCACAGGCGUAAUUACAAACUGCUCAAUUCAAUGAAAGUCUGUAUAACGGACACCUGUUACAACAACAAAAAUAUUUUUUUAUAGGCAGUGAGAGCGCAUACAUUUGAUGUGUGCGUGUGUAUAUUUGUGUUGUCCAUUGCUUCUGCUAUUGGGCCACCUUGAAUGUAGUUCCAGUGCUGCAAAACGUUCACCGUGAUGAGGACAUGGUCACAUCCCCUGGGGCGGUUUGUAGCUCCAGAGAGGCGAGCGCACAAUGGGAGAUGUAAUAGGUGGUCUGGGCUAGGGCUCCCAUGAGUGGCGUCCAUCUACCCAUUGUUUUAAAUGUAAUUAUUAAUAUUGUUAACUUGCACUUAUUCCAGCAAUUAGUAGCAGUAUUUUAUGCCUAAUAAUGAAAUCGGUGCAGUGUUGUAUCCAUUGGAGCGGGAAUUCUUACGACACAGUGUUUGGGGCAAUAGUGGACAUUUCCACAUUUUGGCCAGAGGGGAGUCUUGCUGUUGAUUUGUAUCGGUUUACGAGACAUAAUCGUCACCCUUAAGUCUCCCCCCCCCCCCCACUCACAAGUUGGGCAGCAAUGCCCGUCUGGUGUUGGUUUUUUUCUGCUCCUGUAAAAAUCACCUGGAUUCAUCUCUGCUUAUGAUGCAGAUGGUUGAGAGGUUUAAUUCACAAAGUGGAUGUCAGCACUGCAGUCAUUGCAUUCCAUUACAAGCUGGGUAGGCUGCAUAGCAGACGGUCUUGUAUAUUAAAAAAACACGACUGAUGUUUGCUACAACAGACUGACUAUUUUGAAGAAACGAUUUUCUUCAUUGAGAAAUGCCUGCGUUUCUCGUGUAUUUGACUUGAAAUCAAUUCAAACUUUGGAGUUUUUAUAAGUGUUCAACACUUGGCAGGGUUAUCUUUUUGUAUCCAUUUAUACAGAAUGUGAUGGUACUCAUUCCAAUUUUGACAGUAUACAGAUGUUGCUUGUAAAGGUAUGGUAAAUUAACUUUUCAUAUCAAUUUAAAUGUUAUUUGGCUAAAAGCCAGUAAUUGAGGAACUAAUUUUGUACAAAAUACUGAUGUGCUGCUUUUAGGAAAGAGUAAAAAAUAAGUAAUUUGCUGAAGAGUGUCCAGACCAGUGUGGUAUUUAAUGUAGUUAUUGUAUUAUACAGGUUCCUUGUGUACAAUGUAAUUAUUCAAUGUAUGUUCCUUUUAAAGGUCAUUCAUUUUUGUUUUUGUUAAUGAGUAAUGUUUUACACUCCUUAAGUUAACACAAAGGCAAGGUAUUUCUUUGUCGUUGUCGUAAAUGUUUGUCCCCAUCCAGUGGCGAGAACGUGUUGUCAAGAGUCUUGAACCAAAGUAAAAAAAAUAGUGCUGCAGACAAUUGUUUUUUUGUUAAUAGCAUAAAGAAACAUGCACUCUUUCGAUUUAAAGCUUUCGUGACUGCAGGGAUUCAUCUUCUUGGUUCUUUCGGUAAAGUCACGUAGAAGGUAAAUAAUAAAAUAAUAAAAAUAAAACGUUAAAUAAUUCUCACGACGUUUCGGCCA